AUGCGCGCUGCUGAAGUCCAGCAGGAGAACGCUUUCUUCACCCCUCUCAACAUUCUCUUCCUCCUCGUAAACAUCUACACAAUCUACGUCCUCCUCCGACCGACCCCGCCUCCGGUCCUUCCGAAAGAGCCGCCCGCGACCGUCUUCCGCGUCUUCAACCCGCGCACCCUCCUCCCCUUUACCGGCGAGAACGAUACACCCAUCUACCUCGCCGUCCGCGGCCGCGUCUUUGACGUCUCACACGGUCGCAACUUCUACGGACCCGGCGGACCCUACUCCAACUUCGCCGGCCGGGAUGCUUCGCGCGGCCUGGCACUCGGCAGCUUUGACGAGGAUAUGUUGACGGAGGAUCUGGACGGUCCGUUGGACCCGCUUGAAGGACUGGGACCGGACGAGAUUGAGGCGCUUCAGGGAUGGGAAGAGAACUUUGACAGCAAGUAUCUUGUUGUCGGCAGGCUUACUGCCGUCGGUGAUGAGGAGAAAUAG